UAUUUAUGAAUUUGUAUUGUAUUUGCAGCCGUCCCAGUAGAAGACAAAUGGAGGGCUGGACUACGAUACUCCACCCCUCUUUAACUACAACAGCUACCAACACUUUGAUUUGUUCGAUGUUCCCACGCUUUCGCAGCUUCGAUUAUAUCCAUGUAUGUUGUAAUAAUCCCACACAAACAAAAAUUUCAACUGCAUAUGGAUCGUAGCUUCUUGCUGUGGGAUUCUUGAUCAGAAUCAUGCCUCGUUCAUCACUUGAAGUGAAUGCAGUGAUUUCUCCAUCAGCAUCACUCGAUAUGCAGAGUUCGACGUCGAAACACCCUUCACCAGCUCUCUUCUUUUUCCUCGGUGGAAUAAUAUUACUCCUCGUAUUACUGAUCCUAAUAUUCAUCUUCCGAAAAAUUAUCAAACCAGCAAAAGUGAGGAUGCUCAUCGCUCGAACAAUUAAGCAGCCAGUUACAAAAGAUGUCCUAAGUGGUAAUCUUCGUACAAUAACCUAUUUCCACUUCAACACACUGAAGAAGGCAACCAAGAAUUUCCACCAGAAUAAUCUGCUCGGUAGAGGUGGAUUUGGACCAGUAUACUUGGGCAAGUUAGAAGAUGGAAGGUUAGUUGCAGUAAAGAAACUCUGCGUUGAGAAAUCACAGCAAGGCGAAUCGGGAUUUCUUGCCGAGGUCAAGACAAUAACGAGCAUACAGCACAAGAAUCUCGUACGUCUUUUAGGUUGCUGUUCAGACGGAGCUCAUAGGCUACUUGUGUACGAGUACAUGAAGAAUAGGAGUUUAGACCUUAUCAUCUACGGAAAAAGUGAUGUAUUUUUAAAUUGGGGCACUCGGUUACAGAUAAUACUUGGGAGUGCUCGAGGCUUGCAAUAUCUACACGAAGAUUCGCACGUGAGAAUUGUACAUAGGGAUAUUAAAGCGAGUGACAUUUUAUUGGGCGACAAAUUUCAACCUAGGAUCGGAGAUUUUGGUCUGGCUAGGUUUUUCCCCGAAGAUCAGGCUUAUCUCAGCACCACAUUUGCGGGAACCUUAGGUUAUACGGCACCCGAAUACGCCCUAAGAGGAGAACUGUCUGAAAAAGCAGACAUAUACAGUUUCGGUGUCUUGGUGCUAGAAAUUAUUAGCUGCAGGAGAAAUACCGAUCUCAAAUUGACAUCGGAAAUGCAAUACCUCCCCGAAUAUGCAUGGAAGCUAUACGAGAAGUCCAUGUUAAUCAAUCUCGUGGAUCCAAGGAUACGAGAGGAUUGUUUAAUCGAGAAAGAUAUACUGCAGGCGACACGUGUCGCGUUCUUGUGCCUCCAGCCUCUGGCCAAUCAGAGGCCGCCAAUGUCUGAAAUUGUGGCAAUGCUGACAUGCAAAGUCGAGCUCGAAGGAGUAUUGCCAAUGAGACCGGCUUUCUUGGAGCGCAAGAAAAGGGUUAAUAAUGACGAGAAAUUUUCGUGGGAUUCGAUUUCCGAGCCUUACCCUUCUCCUGUGAAGAGCGAUUCUCCCUCAUUCCCUCAGUAUCACAAGUAAGAAUUCGUUCGAGGAAAAAAUAAAAAUAAAAACUUUUAUAUAUUUAUUUAUUUAUUCGGCUGACUUAUUGCAUUUUGGAAAAAAUCCAGCAUGUAAUAUGUGUAGAUAAAUAAACUUAUAUGGUGGUGGUUACCAUUUUUGGCUUGCAUCAAAUUCAAAUUGAAGAUCAAUUUUUUUUGCCUGU